AGCAUCGCUGGAGGGCUUCCUCUCUCGCCUGGCUGCUUCCUUUAAAACGCAGGAUUCACUUCAGUAAAUGAUUAGCGGUGGACUAGAAUCAACCCGAACACAUCAACCGGCCUGAAAACAAGAUAAAGAAAAGGCUGUUUGCUGACAUCAUCCCAAAUGAUCUUCUGACAGACAGACGCUGUAGGAGGAGGAUAUGCCAGGACUCUCUGCUGUGGUCAAGGUCCCCAAAGAGGUGGUUUCAAGUUUGCAAGGUGAAAAAGAAAAGAAGGACAUUCAGGAAGAACAUCGAACAACAGAAGGCUGGUCAGUCCAACAUGGUCGAGCAGGAGUCCGGGCAACUCGAACCCAACAGAGGCUGUUCAUCAGAAACGGGGACCAAGUAGAAAGCAUGAGUUCAUGCAGCACAGAUGUUAAGGAAAAUCGGAACUUGGACAACCUCUUCUCCAAAGGGAGGGUUGCAGCUGAGGUUGCUCAACUCCCCAAUGGGAGUGCUGGGGGUGGGAGGAAACGUCCCUUAGAAGAGGGCAAUAAUGGGCACACACAUUCCAAGUACAGGCCCAAGAAGCGUAAGAAAGUCCCCGGGCCCAUUCUGCCCAAGAAUGCCCUCAUGCAGCUGAAUGAGAUCAAGCCGGGACUACAGUACAAACUGCUCUCUCAGACCGGGCCGGUCCAUGCGCCUGUCUUUGUGAUGACUGUGGAGGUCAACGGGCAGCUCUUCGAGGGUUCAGGCCCGACCAAGAAGAAGGCCAAGCUGAAUGCAGCAGAGAAGGCGCUGCGCUCCUUCGUCCAGUUCCCCAACGCAUCUGAAGCCCACAUGGCCAUGGGACGGACUCUGUCUGUCCACACGGACUUCACCUCGGACCAAGCUGACUUUCCAGACAUGCUCUUUAACGCCUUUGAGACAUCCAACCCCAUAGACGACCCCUUUUACCUCGCUUCCCACAGUAACGGUUCCUUCAGCUCAUUGGGAAUAGAGUACCCUUUGCUACCCUUCCCCGUCCCAAACCUGCCCCAGUCUCCCUUACCUCCAGCACCCUCCACCACUGUCUCCCCGACAAGUGGCAAGAACCCCGUCAUGAUCCUCAAUGAGUUGCGGCCAGGACUCAAGUAUGACUUUGUGUCGGAGAGUGGGGAGAGCCAUGCCAAGAAUUUUGUAAUGUCAGUGACGGUAGAUGCUCAGAAAUUCCAGGGUUCUGGGCGGAAUAAGAAGCUGGCCAAGGCUCGGGCUGCCCAGGCUGCUCUGUCUGCUCUGUUUAACAUUCAGCUGGACCAGGCACCAUCACGGCAGCCUAUACCCAGAGAAGGACUGCAGCUUCACCUGCCACAGGUCCUGGCUGACGCCGUCUCUCGUCUGGUUAUUGACAAAUUCAGCGAGCUGACGGACAACUUCACUUCUCCACACGCUCGACGGAAAGUCUUGGCGGGUGUUGUCAUGACAACGGGCACAGAUGUGAAGGAGGCUCAGGUCAUCUGCGUGUCCACAGGGACAAAGUGCAUCAACGGUGAAUACAUGAGUGACAGAGGUCUGGCCCUCAACGACUGCCACGCUGAGAUUGUAGCUCGUCGGUCUCUCAUCAGGUUCCUGUACUCCCAGCUGGAGUAUUUCCUCAGUAACAACAAAGAGGAGCACCAUCAGUCCAUCUUCAGCAGGUGUGACAACAGACAAGGCUUCAGACUGAAGGAAAACGUCCAGUUUCACCUGUACAUCAGCACCUCCCCCUGUGGAGACGCUCGCAUCUUCUCACCACAUGAAGCUGGAGUGGAGGAUCAGGGGGACAGACACCCGAACAGAAAGGCUCGUGGGCAGCUUCGCACUAAGAUUGAGUCCGGUGAAGGAACCAUUCCUGUCCGAUCCAGUAACACCAUCCAGACGUGGGACGGAGUUCUGCAGGGUGAGAGACUGCUCACCAUGUCCUGCAGUGACAAGAUCGCCAGGUGGAACGUUGUUGGGUUCCAGGGUUCUCUGAUGAGCUACUUCACUGAGCCCAUCUACUUCUCCAGCAUCAUCCUGGGCAGCUUGUACCACGCUGACCACCUCUCCAGAGCCAUGUACCAGAGGAUCACUGAGAUCGAGGAUCUGCCACAGUCCUUCAGCCUCAACAGGCCGCUGCUCAGCGGAAUAAGUAACGCAGAGGCUCGUCAGCCAGGAAAAGCACCAAACUUCAGCGUGAACUGGACGGUGGGAGACCAGGGCUUGGAGGUGAUCAAUGCCACCACGGGGAAAGAUGAUCUGUGUCGACCGUCCAGGCUCUGCAAACAUGCCCUGUACAGCCGCUGGAUGCGUCUGCACUGCAAGCUCGCUCCCACCCUGAGGAUCCGAACGGUGCGGCCCAACAGUUACCACGAUGCCAAGCAGGCGGCGGUGGAGUACCACUCCUCCAAGCAGACGCUCUUCAGAGCCUUCUACAAGGCCGGACUGGGCGCCUGGGUGAAGAAACCUAUAGAGCAGGACCAGUUUGCACUCACCACCUGAGUUGCUGCUGCUGCUGGUUGUUUCGGUAACUGUUGAACUUUUACCGUCAGCGGAGAAAUAAUUUCCCGUUGGAUUGUCAUGGAUUUUACUGCGGGUUCUUGGAAAGAAAGCGGCAACAAAUCCAGAUGUCAAAAUCCACGGAUUUCCUUUUUAUAGCCUCAUGCUCCUCCCUAUCAGCCAGCACUAUAUGUUAAAAAAGAUCAUUAUUCAUUCAGUUAUGCAACUUUCUAUCAAGGACAAAGGUACAAAAUAUACUGGGAAUGGAAGCAAUGUUAGUUAAGUGGCAUUUAUAACAAAAAAAUAUAUGAAUAUAUUCAUUUUGCAUGUGUACCAAAUUCACAGGAAGUGUCCGAUGUAGUAAAAGACAAUUUAUGUUUAGUAUUGUGAGCUCAAAUGAUCAGUGUUGUGAAAAACUCCUCCUGCAGUUUUAUUAAGUGUUUUACCUGCUUUUUCAGCAAAUCUGAAAUUCAGUUGUUCCACAAACUUUAAGGCCAGCCUUUGCAACUUUAUCUAAAUAUGGAAAACUAUAUAAACUUUGGCCUUGGUUACACUGUAAACACCCCUGUAAAUGAACCUCACCCACCGCUGAUAAACAUCCAGUGCAUGAAUUGUAGCCUGUUUCUGGAAGAUGGUUUUUAAAAAUUGGCAGCUUUUUCUAGAGACAGAAAAUGUAACUUUUAACUUAGUGGUAUGAACUCAUGAGAUGCUGACAGCUUUGAUGGGGGGAGGAGUUGGUAAAUUUCAUUUUUAUAAGAUCAGAUCUUUUUAUUGCCUUGUGGCCAUCAGAAGAACUGCAGUUGAAUUUACUUGUGAAUUUUCUUCAAGAAUACUGCUUUUAUUCAUAAUAUUUUUACUUUCAUCAAGCCAAAUGGAAACAUCAAACCAACUCCAACUCUUCUGAAUUGUCUACUAUAUGUCUGAUUCUGAGCUUCAAGCUCUUUGGUUUCUACACAAAACACAUAUUGUUAAAGAAAUACCCCAUAACCCAAAAUUUAAAAAUAUUUCCAAAAAUGAUAGUCCAUACAUGAUAACUGCAGUAAAAAGCUGAACCAGGACAUGUCUUGGUUUUGGAUGCAUCAUUGUAGCUGGUGUUUCUUAUCGCCAGUAAAAACUCACCAAAGAUGAUGUCAGCAUCUGUCAAGCCUUCAAAAUUCUUGGUCUCUUCUGUGUUUUUCCAGAAAUCCAAAUGUUGUUUGGCAACUGUAAUCUGCCUCUACAAACCUUUUUGUCUCAAAGCUUUCGGCUUUAUAGCUGUGUGUAAUGUUCUACUCUUUGAAAACCAAACAAGACCGAAUCCAAAAUCAUUUGUAUUCCUCUAUAGCAGAGUUAUUCACGUCUGGAUGCAGCAUGCGUUUAAUGUCUUGGUUGUGUACAUAUUUUUACUCAAAAUUCUAACUUUUUAAUUUUGGAAAAUCUUUAUUUUGCUGUAAAAUUUUAACUUAUUAAGUUUCUGUCCUUUAUAUUUUAUCGUGCAUUCUUCUGUUUCUAAUUUUAUUGAUGAAAAAAUGUCCUAACUUUGAACAUGUGCAAAACUGUUCCUGUCUCAGUGCUCCUGGCCCCAGGCUUGACGCCUCAGGGUUUUUCAGAGGGGUCUACAAGUAGUGUUUGUACAGGAUAUGCACUUUUUAAACAGAGACUUAUCUCCAUUGACUUCCAUUCUUUUGACUGAAGUAAAAUGGGCUUAAAUUGAAAAAGAUGGCCCUCUAGUGGGGAGAUUCUCCAGUUCUGGAUGUGUUCAAGCACUUUUUUAUUGAUUUGCUCCAUAUCGUAAGGCAACACUGUGGGGACUAAUGCAUGAGCUCUACCUGUAAAGCAUGGAAAAAAAAUCUAAAAAUAAAAUAUGUAGAAAUUGAGUCAAUGAUCUAGAGAUUUAAUAAAAUGCUACUGCAGUCA